CUCCGGGUCUUACUCACGGUCUGAAGCAACAAGAAUUGAGUAAGAGUUCACAUCAAUGGAGGAUAAAGAUAAGAUUGGACCUUCAAUGGAAGAUGUAAGAGAGAUAAAAUGCAAGAUGAAAAAUGGUUAAUGGAGGUUUGUUCAUUCGAGUCUUCACUUAAUUGUACUUCUAUUUUGGUUUGUCAAAUUGAUCUAUUUUUGUUCCUGUUUUUCAAUCGAUUGGGCAAAUCAACGAGUAACAGAAGCAAAAUUGUAUCGAAUUGUAUAUAAUUUCUCAAUCAAUGAAUUGAAGCAAAACUCAAAAUCAGAAAAAACGAAUUGAAGUCACAGAAAGUGCCAAACCCUAAAGAUAAUCAGAGAAAUUUGUUGUCCUUGAUUUUCUCUCUCUCCUUAGUUCUUACCAUUUAUACAGCAAGUCAUUAUUGAGGUCAUUUAAACUAAAAUUAGGUGUUGAACUUUCCUCAUAAAUUUAUACAAUUUCAAAUUCAAAUAUACAAUAAUUAUCUCUUUAUUGCAUAUUUCAAAUUCAAAUAAGUUUUUUUUUUUUGAUUCGAAAUUCAAAUAUAUUUUUAUUACUUCUAUUGUUCUCCAAAUUAUGAGUAGAAACUGACAAACCUAAAGACUGGCAUAAUAAUGUUUGACAUAAUCAUAGAUGAAUAAUGUGCAGUCUCUGGAUCGUCAAGAAGCUAGCAACGUUGCAAGGCAAAGUAAUGUGCAAAUGCUCAUAUCUAGAUGAGGAAGAUUUGAAAACCAGAAGACAACGAGUUGUUCUUCCAUAUUCAACUUCAUCCUCUCAAGUUACUACACCAAAAAAUCUGAUUUCUUCCCCUUCAUCGUCGACGUCCCAAAGAGAGAUUUCAACUACAUUCUUUUCCUCUCCGAGAUCACUAAGGGAAGGAUCAAACACUCCUAGAUUUUCUUCAUCAUCCCGACCAUCACAAGCCCUGGAAAUCAAGGAUGAGGCUAAGAGUGGUGGGAGCACUCCUAGGAUAUUCCUCCCCCAACUCAAGCGAGGGAAACUUAAAAGGCGUGUUACUAUUGGCUCCACAUUAUCUUCUAGCAGUGGUGGUCCAGGUGAUGUAGAGGAGCCUGAUUGGCCUCCUUUUGCGGAUGAAGACUACAUUGUCUUCUGCUUUGAAGAGGAUGGUGCUUUUCAUGUUGUUAUGGAAGACAGUCCCAAAGCUAUCGCUCGAAAGCUUCGAUGUGAAGAACAUGACAAUGCCACUUGUGCAUGUAGUGAUGAAAACAGGGUUGGCAGCCACUUAAAGAUUAUAAAUAGAAGAGAUUGUUUGUUACCAAAUAAAGAGGCUGAUGAAGAAAUGAGUUUCCAAUUGAGUCCUAAACUGCAGCAAGUUGGAACUGAUGUUGGUGAUCAUUUGUCGGAAAACAACAAAAUUGUGCUUAGAAAUGAAUCGGCUGAAUCAAUGGAAUGCAGAAAUGGUUCGGUUGAAUCAACAGAUUCCAGUCAAUUGGAUGAUGAAGAGCAAAUUCAGAACGAACAUAGCCUUGACCUUGAACAUCCAUCAUCCCCCUGGAACUUGAUAGGAGAUGAUGCCAACAAUUACAAUGUUCUUCCUGAUUUUAGAAAAGGAUUCUUUUCGCCUAAUACAGAGGUCGAUGAGGAAGAAGUAUUUUUGAGUCCGAAAUCCCAACUGGCAGUGAUGAUUAGGAUUGAUGAUCUCUUGAAGGGUGAUAUUGAUUUAUCAAGCAUAGAGUCUGAUCAAUCGAGCGGCUUCAGUGAAUCAGAUACUAGAGAUAACGACGAUGAUCAACUCAAGGUGAAUAAAGAACUGGCUUCCGAGUCUGCUAAAUCAAGUAUUUCAAAUCACUCAAAUGGGAGCUCAACCUCUUUUAAGUUUCCUGUAUUGGAAUGGGAUUGGAUCGGUAGUCCAGUGACAUGGCCAAAAUCAGGGAGUGCUCGUUUCAGGAGAUACAAAUCUCGGCCUGCGUGUCUUCGAUGUUGUAAAUUCUGAAAUAAUGUAUCCAUUUUUUUUCUUCAACCAAUGGAAUGGAAAAUUGGCAGGGAAUUAUGAAUAAUUGAAUUUUCAAGUACAUUUUUGCUAACAAAUCUAUUAGACAUUAUCUCCUGAAGAAAUCAAAGCGCACAAUUUAUACCUACAACAAA